AUCAGAGCUUUAGAGUAGACCCUAAAUAUCAUUUUAUACCUUCAAGAACCAAUUACUUAAUGUCUCUUCCGUCUAUUCCUUCCCCGACCCCCUCCCAGACUCCUUCAUUCCGGUACUGCGUGGACGGAAAGCCCCGUGUAGCCGAUACCACGUCCCCGACUAGCGGGAGGGAACGUGGAAAAGGAUUACACCAAACUGUUUAAACCCAACGGCUCCUGCUUCUUUUCUCCUGAACUAGACCCAACAAGCCUAGAGAGUUGGGCUACGGAAAAGCUAGUGUUUUCAUUUAAUUGGAUGUGAAGAAAGAACAAAUAUGUACGGGGGCAACCACGAUCUUUAUAAAGGUUUGGUUUUAAGCACAGCCUUGAAGUUACACCCACUACAGUUGGGUCACUCACCCAGGUCUGGGUAAUUCAAUAGGCCUCAUGACGACAGAGCCAGCCACCAACAUAGGAUCAUCACGGAGUUGCUGCCCAAGAGCUGCUGCCCAGAGUGGAGCCUCCUGUUGAAUCAGCAAACCUAAGAAAGAGUAUCAUCUCAUUUGCUUACAAGUUGGGUGGUAGUUCCUGCUGCCUCACAGAUACACCAACCCAUUUUUUAAAAAUACCAUUUUCCAGCAUCCUUAACUUUUCAGAAUAUCCCUAGAAACUUGGGAGUUUACUGCUUAUUAAAUUGAAACUAUGAAGUCUAAGGCCAACUGUGCUCAGAACCCAACUUGUAGCAUAAUGAUAUUUCGGCCAACCAAAGAAGAGUUUAAUGAUUUCGAUAAAUACAUUGCUUACAUGGAAUCCCAAGGUGCACACCGAGCAGGGCUAGCUAAGAUCAUUCCACCGAAAGAAUGGAAAGCCAGGCAGACCUACGAUGAUAUACAUGACAUCUUAAUAGCCACUCCCCUACAGCAGGUAGUCUCUGGGGGGGCAGGUGUUUUUACGCAAUACCAUAAAAAAAAGAAAGCCAUGACCGUGGGAGAGUAUCGGAACUUGGCAAACAGUGAAAAAUACCGGACUCCACCACACCUGGAUUUUGAAGGUUUGGAGCGAAAAUAUUGGAAAAACCGCCUCUAUGAUUCACCGAUUUAUGGGGCUGACAUCAGCGGCUCCUUAUUUGAUGAAACCACUGAGCAGUGGAACCUGGGACACCUGGGAACAAUUCAGGACUUGUUGGAGCAGGAAUGUGGAGUCGUCAUCGAAGGCGUCAACACCCCGUACCUGUACUUUGGCAUGUGGAAGACCACCUUCGCUUGGCACACGGAGGACAUGGACCUUUACAGCAUCAACUAUCUGCACUUUGGGGAGCCCAAAACCUGGUACGCAGUGCCCCCGGAACACGGCCGGCGCCUGGAAGGCCUGGCCAGGGAGCUUUUCCCGGGCAGUUCCCUGGGCUGUGAGGCCUUCCUGCGGCACAAGGUGGCUCUCAUCUCGCCCACCGUCCUCAAGGAGAACGGGAUCCCCGUCAGCCGGAUCACUCAGGAGGCUGGAGAGUUCAUGGUGACGUUUCCCUACGGCUACCAUGCUGGCUUCAAUCACGGCUUCAACUGUGCGGAAGCGAUCAAUUUCGCCACCCCGCGAUGGAUCGACUAUGGCAAAGUGGCCUCGCAGUGCAGCUGCGGGGAGGCCGGAGUCUCCUUCUCCAUGGACGCCUUCGUGCGCAUCCUGCAACCCGAGCGCUACGAGCUGUGGAAACGGGGUCAAGACCGGACUGCUGUGAACCACACGGAGCCCACGGCGGCCGCCGGCCAGGAGCUGACCACGUGGAGGGAGGUCCGGGUGCCCCCGCGAGUCGCGCGGGGCUUGAGGCACCUCCCGCCCCGCCGGGUCCCGCGCGCCUUUCGGCCUCUGGCUGCGAGCGGUGGGACCCGCCGUCGCGUCCCCGUGCGCCCUGCGCUCCCGCUUCCCUCCGCGCGCGGCCGCCGCGCCGCUCCCAAGCCCCGGGCCACCGCCGACCUCCGCAGCAGCUCGGAGCCCGGCCUGGUCCCGCCGUUGCCCCCGGGUUCCAGUGCCCCGCAUCUCCCCCUGUCAACUGGCAGACGGGGUCGUGGUCGUCGUCCUCGGGAACUUGGGAGCCGAGAGCCUACCCUUCAGCCCCCCGCUAAGAGGCGCCUUUCGGUGGCCACAGCGCACACAGCCCCCGGGCUCGAGGCUCAGCCCCCGCCAAGGGAUGGACCUUUGAUCCAUAACCCUGCCCCUCUGAGUACUGGGCCCCAGCAUCCUGCCAAGGCUUCCGGGUGCUAUUGUGCCCCUGCCCCCUAGUCCCAGAGGUCACCUUGGUACCUCAUUCUCUUCCGUGUGGAGACACGCUGAGACUGGUCACAUUUGCAUCGCAGAGCUUUGGGACAGUUUGCUAGUCCCUCAUGAGAUGCGGCUGAAUGCUGCUGAGUCCGUGGUAUUUACCAAGUCCGUCAUACCUCAUUCUCCUUUCUUUCGGAAUAUCUUUGGACACUACUAACUAACUUUUAUGUCGUCAGCUUAGGCUGCAUCAGUGACACUCUUUUGUCUCCAAGAACUGUGUCCCGCUGAGAUUACUGGAACCUGAUUUGCCCCAGACUUCCAUUAUCUUGGCCAACUCUGGACCUUAUUGUACUUCUGAAUGGUUUCUUCAGUCCCUUUACAUCUUCCUAUUUCUUGCAGAAACUAGGCCCUUUUGGCCAAUUAGGUCAAUAGAGCCUCAGAGAAAGUUUAUGACCUGUGUGAAUUGAUGUAUUUAUAUGUGUUAUCACCAGUGUUUAUUCACAAAUAU